AUGCGGAUUCUCGUAGAUAUGGACGGGGUUAUUUGUGAUUUCGAACUUGCCCUCAUGGAAGAAUUCAAAAAACGACAUCCCGAAGAACCGUUCAUUUCUGUCGAAGAGCGGGAAGGGUUUUAUUGCUCAAAACAGUACGAGGCGUUGAAGCCAACAUUGGGGAUGUACGUUCGAGAGAUAAUCACCAGUGAGAGAUUCAUAGGCGAUUUGCCACCGAUUAGCGGGGCUAUUCAGAGCCUACAAUGGCUUGAUGAAAUGCCCGAUGUUGAGGUUUUCUUAUGUUCUACUCCUUUAACGGCGUGGAAACACUGUGUUCCUGAGAAAUUCGAGUGGGUGGAAAAAAAUCUCGCGACAAAGACGACAUUUAUUGAACCAGUUUGCGCAUUCAUGCUUGAGAGAAUGAUAAUCAGAAAACACAAACACAUUCCCGUGAACUUGAAAUUCCACUGCACGAAGAACGGCCUCAACGAGCCCAGUGUUCAAUGCGGUAAGAAAUUCGAUCUACGUCUCUACGUAUUAGUGCCAAGUUACUCACCCCUGACCGUAUGGGUGUAUCGGCAAGGAUUCGCAAGGCUUUCCAUGUCGCAAUACUCGAAAACUAAGAAGAGCAUGGUCGACCAUGCUGUCCAUCUCACCAACGUUGCAGUUCAGAAAACUGCACCUGGUUAUGACUCGUCACACGGAGGUAAAUACGACCUCAACGAACUGAAGAAUUUCCUACUCACAAAGUUUAGUGAGGAACGUGUCGACGAGAUGCUGUUUGAUACGGAGAGUAUCAUUUUGGCGUCUUUGAAAGCGGUCGAAGCAAAAGUGGCUCCGGAUAAACACAGUUUCGAAUUAUACGGCUACGAUAUUAUCCUUGAUGAUAAACUUAAACCGUGGUUACUCGAGGUGAACGCGUCACCAAGUCUGACAGCGAAUACUCCUAGUGAUUACAGAAUGAAAUUUGAUCUCCUCGAUGACGUAUUUAACGUCCUUAACAUGGAAGGGAUAAUCCCGUCAGAGGAGUAUGAGAAUCUACGAAGAAUUGGCGGGUUCGAUUUGCUGUACCGGUCUGAUAUCGGCAGAGUUUGUGAGCCAGAGAACUGUUCACCGAGGA